AAUAAGUAAACCAAGGCUUAUAUACAGAGUGGGGCAAUAACUACUACCACCUCAAAUAUUUUCUAAACUUUAAGUUUUAAAAAAAUAUUUCUUGGAACAAAAUUGCACAGUACGAAGGGGGCCGUCCAGUGGUGAUAAUAGUUUUUCAGCAGGUGGAGGUAUUUCGGACAUCUGAAGGUCACCACCAUUUUUUUAAAUGGAUAUAUAUAUUGUUGUUUCCGUAUCAUGAUAGAGAAUCUUAAAACGAAUUCAACGACCUAUAAUACAAGGACAUUGACGGUUAUAUAAAGCGGAAAAAGGCGAUAAUACUUAUGGUUUUUGUAAUAGAUUAGAGUGUUUUAAUCGUGAUCUCCUUUUUUUUACAACCUCUUCCUUCUAUCCCAGGUAGUUGUAAGUUUGAUUGCUUGAAUAACGAUUGAUUUGAAGCACGAAACGUAAAUAGUGAAUUAAUUAAUAAUAAUACCCCACGGGACGGACGAUAUGGAGGAACUGGUUAUGAGCAAAGAUACGAACGUUUACAGUGAGUCUCAAAGUCAUACGAACACACCGCUCCACAUUGCUGUUAUGAAUUGCGAGAUAGAAACUGUAAAAAGGCUCAUUAAAAGAGGUGCUCACGUGAAUGCUACAAAUGUAUAUGGAGAAACGGCACUGCACCUAGCCGUUCAGAAAAUACACAAAGAUAUCGUACAACUCCUCGUAGAUCAGGGCGCCUAUCUCAAUUUGAAAAGUGGGUGGGGCGAGACACCGCUUCAUUCUGCAGCGCGGAAAGGACUAGAAGAAAUUUGCAGGUUGCUACUUAAAAGAGGAGUUGAUGUGGAUGCCCAAAACGAAAAUGGUGAAACGGCACUGCACCUAGCCAUUAAGGAGGAACACAAAGAUAUCGUGCAAAUCCUCGUAGAACAUGGUGCCGAUGUCAAAUUGAAAAUUCGGAGGGGCGAGACACCGCUUCAUUUUGCUGCGCGAGUAGGACUAGCAGAAACUUCCAGGUUACUACUCAAAAGAGGAGUUGACGUGGAUGCCCGAAACGAAAAUGGUGAAACGGCACUGCACCUAGCCAUUCGGGAGCGAUACAAAGAUAUCGUACAACUCCUCGUAGAUCAGGGCGCCCAUCUCAAUUUGAAAAGUGGGUGGGGCGAGACACCGCUUCAUUCUGCAGCUCGAAAAGGACUAGAAGAAACUUGCAGGUUGCUACUCGCAAGAGGAGCUGACGUGCACGCCGCAAACAGAGAUCGAGAAACAGCAAUGCACCUAGCCAUUCACGAGAGCCACGAAGAUAUCGUACAAAUCCUCGUAGAACAUGGUGCCGAUGUCAAAUUGAAAAUUCGGAGAGGCGAGACACCUCUUCAUUUUGCUGCGCUAGUAGGACUAGAAGAGACUUGCAGGUUGCUACUCGAAAGGGGCGCUGACGUGGAUGCCCAAAACGAAAAUGGUGAAACGGCACUGCGCCUAGCCAUUCGGAAGGGACACAAAGAUGUGGUAAAAAUUCUCGUAGAUCAGGGUGCCGAUGUCAAUCUGAAAACACGGUGGGACGAGACACCGCUUCUGUCUGCAGCGCGAAAAGGACUAGAAGAAACUUGCAGGUUGCUACUCGAAAGAGGAGCUGACGUGGAUGCCCAAAACAAAUAUGGUGAAACGGCACUGCACCUAGUUAUUCAGUACAGACACAAAGAUAUCGUACAAAUCCUCGUAGAUCAAGGUGCUGAUGUCAACUUAAAAAUCUUAAUGGGCGAGACACCGCUCCAUUUUGCAGUGCUAGAAGGACUAGGAGAAAUUUGCAAGUUGCUAAUCGAGAGAGGAGCUGAUGUGAAUGCCAGAGACGUAGAUGGAAAGACGGCACUGCACCUAGCCAUUCAGAAGAGUCACAAAUAUAUCAUACAAACCCUCGUAGAUCAGGAUGCCGAUGUUAACUUAAAAAGUCCGCUGGGCGACACACCGCUCCAUUUUGCAGUGCUAGGAGGACUAGGACAAAUUUGCAAGUUGCUAAUCGAGAGAGGAGCUGACCUGAAUGUCAAAGGCAAUGGUGAAAAGACGGCACUGCACCUAGCCAUUGAGGAGAGACACAUAGAUAUCGCGCAAGUCCUCGUAGAUCAGGAUGCCGAUGUCAAUUUGAAAACUGAGGGGGGCCAGACGCCGCUCCAUUUUGCAGUGCGAGGAGGACUAGGAGAAAUUUGCAAGUUACUAAUGGAGAGAGGAGCUGACGUGAAUGCCAAAGAUAAUGGUGGAAAAACGGCAUUGCAACUAGCCAUUGAGAGGAGACACAUAGAUAUCGUGCAAAUCCUCGUAGAUCAGGAUGCCGAUAUCAAUUUGAAAACUCGGCGGGACGAAACACCGCUUCAUGUUGCUGCGCAAGAAGGAGUAGAAGAAAUUUGCAAGUUGCUAAUCAAGAGAGGAGUUGACGUGAAUGCCAAAGAUAAUAGUGGAACAACGGCACUGCACCUGGCCAUUGAGAAGAGACACAUUGAUAUCGUGCAAAUCCUGGUAGAUCAGGAUGCCGAUAUCAAUUUGAAAACUCGGCGGGACGAGACACUGCUUCAUGUUGCUGCGCGAGCAGAAGUAGAAGAAAUUUGCAAGUUGUUAAUCGAGAGAGGAGUUGACGUGAAUGCCAAAAAUAAUAGUGGAAAAACGGCACUGCACCUGGCCAUUGAGAAGAAACACAUUGAUAUCGUGCAAAUUCUGGUAGAUCAGGAUGCCGAUAUCAAUUUGAAAACUCGGCGGGACGAGACACCGCUUCAUUUUGCUGCGCAAGAAGGAGUAGAAGAAAUUUGCAAGUUGCUAAUCGAGAGAGGAACUGACGUGAAUGCCAAAGAUAAUAGUGGAAAAACGGCACUGCACCUGGCCAUUGAGAACAGACACAUUGAUAUCGUGCAAAUCCUCGUAGAUCAGGAUGCCGAUGUCGACUUGAAAACUGAGGAGGGCCAGACACCGGUCCAUUUUGCAGUGCGAAGAGGACUAGGACAAAUUUGCAAGUUGCUAAUCGAGAGAGGAGCUGUCGUGAAUGCUAAAGAUAAUAGUGGAAAAACGGCACUGCACCUAGCCAUUCAGGAGAGACACAUAGAUAUCGUGCAAGUCCUCGUAGAUCAGAAUGCCAAUGUAAAUUUGAAAACUGAGGAGGGCCAGACACCGCUCCAUUUUGCAGUGCUAGGAGGACUAGGAGAAAUUUGCAAGUUGCUAAUCGAGAGAGGAGCUUAUGUGAAUGCUAAAGACAGUAGUGGAAAAACUGCACUGCACCUAGCCUUUGAGGAGAGACACAUAGAUAUCGUGCAAAUCCUCGUAGAUCAGGAUGCCGAUGUCAAUUUGAAAACUAAGGAGGGCCAGACACCGCUCCAUUUUGCAGUGCGAAGAGGACUAGGAGAAAUUUGCAAGUUGCUAAUCGAGAGAGGAGCUGAUGUGAAUGCUAAAGACAAUAGUGGACAAACGGCACUGCACCUAGCCUUUGUGAAGAGACACAUAGAUAUCGUGCAAAUCCUCGUAGAUCAGGAUGCCGAUGUCAAUUUGAAAACUGAGGAGGACCAGACACCGCUCCAUUUUGCAGUGCGAAGAGGACUAGGAGAAAUUUGCAAGUUGCUAAUCGAGAGAGGAGCUGACGUGAAUGCUAAAGACAAUAGUGGAAAAACGGCACUGCACCUGGCCAUUGAGAACAGACACAUUGAUAUCGUGCAUAUCCUCGUAGAUCAGGAUGCCGAUGUCAAUUUGAAAACUCGGUUGGGCGAGACACCGCUCCAUUUUGCAGUGCGACAAGGACAGACAGAAAUUUGCAUGUUGCUAAUCGAGAGAGGAGCUGACGUGCAUGCCAAAGAUAAUGGUGAAAAAACGACACUGCACCUAGCCAUUGAGAAGAGACACAUAGAUAUCGUGCAAAUCCUUGUACAUCAUGAUGUCAAUGUCAAUUUGAAAACACGGCUGGGCGAGACACCGCUUCAUUUUGCUGCGCGAGAAGGAGUAGAAGAAAUUUGCAAGUUGCUAAUCGAUAGAGGAGCUGACGUGAAUGCCAAAGGUAUUGGUGAAAAAACGGCACUGCACCUGGCCAUUGAGAAGAGACACAUAGAUAUCGUGCAAAUCCUCGUAGAUCAGGAUGCCGAUGUCAAUUGGAAAACUCGGUGGGGCGAGACACCGCUUCAUUUUGCUGCGCGAGAAGGAGUAGAAGACAUUUACGAGAUGCUAGUCAAAAGAGGUGCUGACGUAAAUGACAAAGAUAUAAGUGGAUGGACUGCUUUACACUUUGCCGCUGACCGUGGUCAAAGGCGUAUCAUGGAAAUUCUCUUGAAUUCGAACGUUAACAUUGAUUCCAUAAAUAGGAAUGGUGACACUGCACUUCAUCUGGCAUCCUGCGCUAAUCAGUAUGAAGCCGUUCUGACUCUCAUAGAAAACGCGUGCGACGUAAACAUUAUUAACAAAACCCAUAGAACAGCGUUGAGCUUAUACUGUUCUAAGUAUGGACUUAUGAAUGGCUUAAAGUUGUCCAGUAUCCAGCAGCUGCUAAUUAAAAUGCAGAUUGCUAACUUGUACGUGAAUAACGGAAAUAUGGUGAAUUUUAAUAUCACUACGGAUAUGAACGAGGAAUCUCUAAAAUUUCAGAAAAAAUGUAUUGAAGAGAUAAUGAGAAUGAAAAACACAAAAAUGAACAAUACUAUCCUAACAUUUCAUGAUAUCCUAACAAAACGCGUUGACCAAAUAGCAUUAUACGCGAGGAAUGAAGAUGUUGUUCAGGUUUUGAAACGGUGCAAUUAUCGGAGAGAAUUUCCUAUGUACGAAGACAUAAUAGGACGUCGUUUCAAUAGAGGUAUGGUACGAAAGGAGUUGUUAGACGAGGGCGUUACAUUUUUCCGCCAUUUCCUCGGUAAAUAUUAUGAUUUACUUUGUAUUCAAGGAAUAUUAAUCUACCUUAGUAACAGAGACCUAAAGAAUUUGAGAGAUGCUUGUAAAAACGUGCGUUCUAACAUUAACCAUGUAAUAGAAUGAAAACGACUAAUCUAAUACUUACUAAGUACUAUUUUUAUACUUGUUCAUUAACAUUUUGAUACUAAUAAUUAUUCAUUUUCUGCUUUAUGUACGAUAUUUUCUAUCUUUCCUUUUCAUCCCCUAGCUUCACUUCGUAGCUGUUCUCCAUUUCAGUUCUCCGUGGUAUGAAUUAUUUCUACUGACAGAGAGCAUUCUGUUUUAUCAGCUGUCUUUCUCUCAUCUUCUAACGAAUGUUCUUGUCAUCUUGCCUGUAAUGAUGUUCUUAUUGCGCUUGCCUUUGGAAUUAUGUCUCACGUGUAGCGCUUGGUUCUUCGGAAAUAUUGAUUGCAUCAAUCUCAAAUGCUUUUGCAUCAGAUUAGGCAGCCUAGCGGAGGUAUAAAUUCUUUCCAAGUUGUAUUAUCAGUUACGAAGUAAAUUGUAAGUAGUGUUAAUUAAAUGUUAAGAUGAAUUAAGAAGAAUAUUGCUGGAAUAAAUGUCUGAUCAAUUCUAAUUAAUAAAUUAAUACAAAUGAA